GAUAACAGUGUAGCCCCUCAUCAUCAUCAUCAUCAUCAGCAGACAGCUCAGCAGCGAGGCAACAGUGUGCGUCUCUCCCGUCUACUUUCCUCCUCCCGGCCCGGCUGAUAUAUUCAAAGUUAAAGGCUUCUCAGUCAGGAUCAUGCCACCAAAGAGACGAGCUGCUGCUGCCAAGGCCGGUGGCAAGAAGGUGAAACAGGAGCCUGAGACACCAAAACCCAAGGAUGCCUUUACCUCUGCAAAAGAGGCCCUUCUGGCCGCAGGGCCACAGGUGAAAGGCAAGAGGAAGGUGGAUGAGCACUGCUCUAUGACAAGCUCCGUAGAGGUACAUGAGGACUAUGACUGCAUGCUCAAUCAGACCAACAUUGGACAUAACAAUAAUAAGUUUUAUGUCAUUCAAGUUAUUAAUGAAAACAACCAGUACCAUACAUGGAACAGAUGGGGUAGAGUGGGGGAAGUGGGACAAUCUAAACUUAACACGUUUGAUGAGCCAGAGAAGGCUGUCAAGGACUUUGAGAAAAAGUUCAAGGACAAGACCAAGAACAACUGGAGCGAUCGGUCCAAUUUUGUGUCUUACCCUGGGAAGUACACCCUCAUCGAGGUGGAUGGAGAGCAGGAUGCUGAGGUCAAGGUGGACACUGUGGAUGGAAACAAAGUCAAAGUCACAAAAAAUGUCGAAGAUUGCACCCUGGACAACUCCACCAAGAAACUCAUCGAACUCAUUUUCAGCAGUGACAUGUUCAAGGAGGCGAUGGAAUGCAUGAACCUAGAUAUCAAGAAGAUGCCUCUGGGUAAACUCAGUAAGAUUCAGAUUGCAAAGGGCUUUGAAGUGUUGGAGGAGAUCGAGGCAGCAAUUAACCAAAAAGGCAGAAACAAACGUCUGGAAGAACUUUCCUCAAAGUUUUUCACCACAGUUCCACAUAACUUUGGCCGGAACAGACCCCCAACAAUCGACGACAAAGAGAUUGUGGCGAAGAAGAAAGAGAUGCUUAUGGUGCUGGCUGACAUCGAGCUUGCCCAGACUCUGAAGUCAGAGACUGAAAAGGCUCAGGAUGAGAUGAUAGAGACAGUUCCUCACCCUCUCGACCAGGACUACAAUUCUCUCAAAUGCAGCCUCAAACUAAUGGAAAAGGAUUCAGAAACAUUCAAGAUCAUAGAAAAAUACAUGAAAGUGACUUCAAAUGGCUAUCGUAAACAACAAAUUCUAAAUGUUUGGGAGGUUGAUCGCGAGACAGAGGGAGAACAGUUUAGGAAGAAUGACGGUCUGGAGAACCGCCGCCUGCUGUGGCAUGGCACAAACGUAGCGGUGGUGGCAGCGAUCCUGAAGAGCGGCCUGAGGAUAAUGCCACAUUCAGGAGGCCGUGUUGGUCGCGGUAUCUAUUUUGCAUCAGAAAACCAAAAGUCUGCAGGUUACGUGCACACCUGUAGAAAUACUGGAGUGAUGUUUUUGAGCGAAGUAGCUCUCGGCAAGGAAUUCACCAUCACUAGCGAUAACGGCUCCUUGAAAAAGGCUCCUGCAGGCUAUGAUAGUGUGGUGGCACGAGGAUCAGUUGAACCAGAUCCAUCUAAGGACAUCUUCAUCACCAUUGAGGGCAAGGAGAUUGCUGUGCCUCAGGGUAAGGCCAUAAAUCAGCCCCAGUUCUCAGGCAGCUCCUUCGGCAACAGCGAAUAUCUCAUCUAUAAAGAGAACCAGUGUCGCCUUCGCUACCUGCUUGAGCUUCAUAUGACCUAACUGAACUCAAGGGAAGAAGCAGGUCCUCUGAACAAGAAAAUGUCCUUAUUUCCUCUAUUCAAGGGGUUUCUAAAAGCUUUGAUCAUUUCAUUUAUAAUUACAGUUACUCAUUACUAUGCAUGUCUCUACCUUGAUUAAUUCUUUACUUUUCUGUGCCUUGUAUUUUGCACACUAUAAACUGGCCUAAAUGCAAUAGACUGCACUUCCAUUAUAACUAUUAACUUUUUGUAUGUAUUUUUUCCUGUACAAUGAAACAUUUACUUUUUCACUUUAAAUCUCUAAAGCUCCUCUAUAUAUUUGCACAGUUUUGUUUUCAAAUGACAUAGUGCACUUACAGGCACUACUACAUGUUAUAUUUGGCAUCUCAGUUCUAGCCUGAGUAGCUCACUUUGUACAAACGGAGUGGUAGUGCUUAUAGACCCUAUCUUUGAUAUGUAGGAGGACCUUACAGCAUGCCUUUGCAUUGACGAAUGUUAUAUAGUAGACUAAAAGUAAAAUGAUACUCUAUGCAUAGACUUGUUUACAGCUAGAAUUGGAAAGUGCAAUUUUUGGCUAAUGUUCAAGCGUUGUUACACAUCUAAUGUGGACAGGAAGUGCUUCUGCUAUGCAAAGUAAAGUAACAUGUGCGUCAUGAAAAGCUUGGUCAAUCCCAGAGGGUCCUAUAACUGUUGUAUACGCCACCAUAUGGUGUCGGUAAUGAGCAACUUGCUUUGGAAUGUAAUUAUCUUGACAAUUUUGCACUAAGACAUCAUUUGAACCAACAAUUAUUAAAUAAACUUAAGUUUCACUUCAA